CCUGUUCGGCUUCCUGCCGGAGUGGGGCUCUGGUCUGCGCGCCAUGGAGGGCGAGGUCCUGGCGGAGGACGAGCUGCUGCGGAAUCUCAGGGACAGCCGCUACCGCUUCCAGAGGCGCAUGCAGCAGCUGAUAGAGAAGUACAACCAGCCCUUCGAGGACGGCCCGGUGGUUCAGAUGUCCACGCUGACCUACAAGACGCCCGAGGGACUGCGAAUUUGGGGUGGAGGACUAGUGAAGAGAAGAAGCACAGGACACACGCAGGGCUCUCCGGUAAAGACAGAUGACAGGACAGAUGGGCCCGUGCAAGUCCCAGCCGGAGAUCUCAAGCUUCCCCCUUCCAACACAUCAGCCGACGAUUCAAAAAGCAGUGAUGCUGAUACAGCUUUCUUCCAGGAAGAAGUGAUUGCUGGGAACUUAAUGCCUGCAGUGCCCUGGAGCCCUUCGAAAAAUGAGCUGAGAAGGAAGUACUUGACGCAAGUGGAUAUCCUACUGCAGGAUGAAGGGUAUCUGGAGUGUGCUGGUUACAGAGAGGGAAAGGACACCCUGGCCCCAUCAUUGGCCUCGCCCGCCAGACCUGCCCGGGGAUACUGCGAGGACGUCUCUGAAGACAGCCCUGGUGGUCCACUCCAGCCGCCUUCAUCACCCAGGGAGGGUGACGCCUCUCACUCCUGCUCAGCAGGUCAGGCCGUGGUGCUGAGGGGCGACGGCAUCCCCUUACAAGGGACCAGUGGCGGCAGCUUCUCAAGCAGCCCCUGCUCCGAGGCGGAGGAUGUGUGCAACGCGACGCUCAGCGACCUAUACGCGGGCAUGCUGCACUCCAUGAGCCGGCUGCUGGGUGCCAGGCCCUCCUGCAUCAUCUCCACCAAGACACUCAUUGGCCAGAACUGGAGCUCCAGGCGGAGGCACCGAGGAAAGAAUGACGCAUCUUUCAGGAUGGAAGAGAAAUGAUUUCGAGUCAGAAAAACUCAAAGCUGAAAAUCUAUUGCCAAGUUGUUUUGGAGUAUUCCCUCUUUGCACUGAUUUUUGUGUAUUUUUUUAAUUCUCAAGAAAGUCCGAGAACUUGCUUCACUUAUCUGCCCUUCAAAGCAAAUUUCAAUGAAAUUGGUUCCAUUGACGUGACUCUGGAUUUUUGGAAAUUAUUUGAAUAAAGUUGCUCAAUUAAAAUUUUUAA